AUGAGUACAACGACAACCACCGUUACACCUAGUACAACUACCAACAGUAACAGUCACAAACUUAUAUUGAAAAAAACCCUCACAGAAGCAUUAAAUAAUAUCACUGGCAAUACUGGGACUAUAUUGCUUAUUCCACAAAAACAUUUAGUCAAGAUACUAAAUGGGAUAAUCAAGUAUUCUGAAUUAACUCAAAUUAUAAAUGUAGAAAAGAUAAUAACAGAAUAUAUACCUGAAGCUACCAAUAAUAAUAUUACGUUAUUAUACGAUAUACGAUCAUUCAAGCCUAUAAGUUCUGAUAUUAUUAUUGAUGCUAAUAUUAAAAAUAUAAUAUAUUGUACGUGGGGUGAACAUUUGGAGGAAGAACGAUUUUUUGUCAGAAAAAUUUUUGAAAUGCAGGAUUCAGGUAGUAGUAAUGAAGACGCCAGAAUGGAAAUGAAUUUAAUUCCAUGGUGCAUGCUGCCAAUAGAAGUAGAUGCGAAUGUUUAUAUUACAGAUGCUUGUACCGAUAUAAGCAAUACUACGACCACGAUUGCCAGCAAUUGUAAUGACAAUAGCAAUAACAAUAAAAUGGUUGAAUUGUACAAUUUAGAAAAUGGAAUAUUUCAACUGAUUAAAACUUUGGAUAUUUGGAAAAUCAACAAAGUGAUAUAUUCAACAAAUAAUAAUGAUGAAAACGACAAUGAUCGCUUUAUGGACCGAUUAAUUAAGAACUUUAAGAACACGGGUAUGUUAAAAAGUAGUACUGUCAGUAGCAAUGAUGAUUUGAAUAUCAUUGUCAUUGAUCGCAACGUAGAUAAUUUAACACCACUUUUAACUCAAUUAACAUAUCAAGGUAUUAUAACGGAAGUAAAUGCAAGUGCUACUAUUAACACACCAGAUAAUAAUACAUUUAAUGAGUUAAAAUAUAAAAAUUUUGGGGACAUUGGUCCAAUAUUAAAUGACAAAUUAGUAGAACUAUCCGCCUUAAAAAAAGAUAUAAAGAAUAAAAAUACGAGCAGCGGCAGUACUUCUGAUUUACAUAACAUAUUAUUCAAAAAGUUACCUGAUUUGGAAAAUUUACAAAAAGAUCUGAGUAAAAAUGUUGAAUUAAGUCACUUAUUAUUAACAGAAUAUGAGAAGCAGGGAAUAGAUGAAUUUGUGAAUAUUGAACAAGAUUUACUAAUGUCUUUGGGUGCUAUUGGUAUCAGUGGGUCUGCCAAGAACUCUUCCAUGGAUUAUAAAUCAUUUAAAUUAAAAAUUAUUAGUUUGUUGCUAAUGGGGGGCGGCGAUGGCACAAAUAUUGCUAUGUUACCCAGAUUGCUAAGAUUAAUUUAUAUACAUAAACUGUUAUAUGCUAACAGCAAUAACAUUGAGGAGUUGAUGAACUUGAUAGUUGACCAUUAUGGAGCAGAGACACUAAAAAAAAUAUCUGUACCAGAAUAUAUUUGUAGUACUGCCAUGGAUACAACAAAUACUUUGAGUGGCAAUGGCAACAUGCUAAAAUUGAUGAAGAAAUUGGAAUAUAUUCCAAACGUAGAAGACAACAAUAAUGCAACUGUUAACAAUAAUACAUUAUCAUAUGCAUAUUGCGGCAUAGUACCCAUAAUUACAAGAAUAUUACAAUAUAGUUUAAAAUAUAGCUGUACCACACCCACCUUGAAACAUGUUAGAGAUUUGAACAACAUUUUAAAGAUUAAAGAAUGGGGAAAUAGUUCCAACAGUGGAAGUAAUGGUACUAAUCCCACUUUAUUGGUUGUUAUUAUUGGUGGAAUAACUUUUAGUGAACUAAGUACAAUAAAGAAAGCUUACAAUAAUGGCACUUUUAAUAAUUCUAAGCAGAACACCAAACACAACGAUAAUAAUAUGAUAAUAAUUUCAAAUAAUAUAAUCGAUGGGAACAAUUUGGUUUUAAAAUAA